GCCGUCGUCCCACUGCGCCUCUCGGCCGGGUAGCCGGCUGAGGCUGCGGAGCCCCGCGCUCUGCGGCUCCGGCUCCUUCCGCGGCGGGCCGUGUGCCGCAGCCAUGUCCCGAAAGCAGGCGGCGAGGAGCCGGCCGGGCAGCGGCGGCCGCAGAGCCGAGGCGGAGCGCAAGCGGGACGAGCGGGCGGCGCGCCGGGCUCUGGCCAAGGAGCGGCGGAACCGGCCCGAGCCCGGCGGCAGCGGCUGCGAGGAAGAGUUCGUGAGCUUCGCCAACCAGCUGCAGGCCCUGGGGCUGAAACUGCGGGAGGUGCCGGGGGACGGCAAUUGCCUGUUCAGAGCUUUGGGUGAUCAAUUGGAGGGCCAUUCUCGGAACCAUCUCAAGCACCGACAGGAAACCGUUGACUACAUGAUAAGGCAGCGUGAAGAUUUUGAGCCCUUCGUGGAAGACGACAUUCCUUUUGAGAAGCAUGUGGCCAGUUUGGCAAAGCCUGGUACUUUUGCUGGCAAUGAUGCAAUUGUAGCCUUUGCAAGAAACCAUCAGUUGAAUGUGGUGAUCCAUCAGCUUAAUGCCCCUUUGUGGCAGAUUCGUGGUACGGACAAGAGCAGUGUGAGGGAGCUGCACAUCGCCUACCGCUACGGCGAGCACUAUGACAGUGUUCGGAGGAUCAAUGACAACUCAGAAGCGCCAGCACACCUCCAGACCGAUUUUCAGAUGCUUCAUCAGGAUGAAGCAAAUAAAAAAGGAAAGAUCAAGACAAAAGGGGUGGACUUUGAAGACGGCCCGAAAGAUGAAGUGGAAGAUGCUGUCCAGAAAGUUGGCAACGCAACUGGAUGCUCAGAUUUUAACUUAAUAGUCCAGAACCUGGAAGCAGAAAAUUACAAUAUUGAAUCUGCAAUAAUGGCCAUACUUCAGAUGACCCAGGGGAAAGGAAACAAUACAGAGGAGAACCUUGAGGCUAGUGACCGAGUGUCAAAACAGUGUGACCCUUCAUUCGAGGAGGCAGGCAGCAGCCCCAGACUCACCGGAAAUCAGGGUGGAAGUGAAGGCCAAAUGGAAAAUAGUAAGGCUCGGCCCAGACCUAGCGAAGGAAACAAAGCAAAUAAAAGCCAGAUCCCAAAGGUUACAAACAAGCAGCGGAGGGAGCAACAGCGACUGGAGAAGAAGAAGCGACAGGAGGAGAGGCACCGGCACAAAGCCCUGGAGAGCAGGAACAGCCACAGGGACGCUAACAGAAGCGAAGCAGAUGUGAACACGCCGGUUACCUUGGUGAAGACCUUUGCUGCUCUGAACAUCUGAUGCUCAGCCCCCUGCGAGCUGGAGGAUGAGCGCUGCAGACGAGGUGUCCCGGCCAGGUGUCCUCUGACAGUGCCCACACGAGCCCACGGGAGUCAGUGCCCUUCGCGCUGCCUCGUCUGUCCUGAGCUUUGUCAUUGUUUGUUGUGUGACAGUACGGUGGAGCCAUCUGCUUUCUGGAACACAAAGUAUGGACUCAUAGGUGGGUUAUGGGGCAGAGGAGUCUUUGGAGCGAGGCUUUAUUUGCCCCGUGUAUCAGAACGUGGUAAUCCUAGGCUCCUCCGUGACGUGUGGAGUGGGUUUGCUGCCAUUAUCUUCAAGUCGUUUAGCACAAUCAUUAGAAACCCCCACAGUGACAACUUUGUCUCUCUUUCAUUUUCAAGCAGAGAUGCAGGUCUGGCACCAGCUCAGGAGUGUGCCGAGAUGUGAUUGGCUUCUGGUUGCUUGUACAUGUCAGGGCAGUCAGGGACAUCAGCUACAGCUACCUUCUUCCCAUCUCUGGUGUCACCUCAGUGUGGCUGCCUUCCCCACUCCAGCCAUGUGGCAUGUGUGCCUGGCUGUGGGAGAGCCUGGGUUUGCUGGGAGAUCCACAGCGCAGUGGAGUUUGGGAUGUUUCUCUGGACAGUUAGGAGGUGGGGGGGCAUUGCUGUGACAGCUCUGAGCUCUGAUGUGCAGGGCUGAGCCCACAGCUACACAGGGCAGGCCUGGGGGAGGCUUUUCCUUAGAAGACUCUAAAGACUUCUUCUAUGGGAGAAGUCUACAGGAUAAAGUUUUCCAUGUUUGAAUGUUAUUUUUUCUUUUUGAUAUUCUAGACUCAGGAAGAUGCCUAUAGGGAAAUAACUGGUUGUUUGAUCUUACAGGUUACUAAAUUUUCUUAACAUGUGAAAAUGAAAUGAAAUCCCAUGGCAUAGCUGGGCAUGGUGGCUCAAGCUUGGAAUCCCAGUACUCAAGCAAGGCAAGAGUGCUGUAAAGUUGGGGCCAGCCUGGGCUGUGUAGUGAGUUCCAGGCUAGCCAGGGUUAGAAUAAAAGGCCCCGUUUCACUGCCUACCCAAUAGAGAAAAACUCUUCCAGCGUGUGUCCUGUACUUUGAUAUUUGGGAUUUCAGUACUGGGAACAGUGCAGCUGUGGCUGAGGCUGCCUGUGGCUGGGCAAGCUGGCAGGGGAGAGGACCUGUGCUGCGGAAGCCUUUGAACGACUCAGUUCUGAAGCACCUUCAGUAGGGAGGGUGCUGUUCCUCAGACUGGGUUAUAGGAAUGUUUACUGUAAACUGUCCUGUGUGGGGUGGACAGUCAUGACUAAAGCCUUCGCCUUCUGGGAACCUACUAUUCAGACUAACACUGUAUGCUGGGUCAGAAGAUAACAUUUUUGUUAUCACUAGAAGCAAAAGGAAAAUUACAAAAGGGAUAGACACAGACACCACUGUCUGGGCAGGUUGUGGGUUCAUCCAGUUGUCUUUUCAGCAGGCUGUUUACUGCUUCAGUUUACUGUUGUCCUUUAAUUUUCCUUUUGUUUGGCUUGGAACUUUGUGUUUUGUUUGGAACUCCUGAAGUCUCCUGGAAUCUCUCCCAGGAUGCUGCGUUACUUCCUACCUACAGGACAUUGCAAGACUGUGCAGAUUUGAAAACUACAUGGCAUUUUUUUUCCUUCUCAGCUGGGAGACUCAGGUCUCAGUCCCAAAAGGGAAGGUGGUGGCUGCCGUCCUCUGAGGGAUAGGAGUGGAGCUGGCUCUGGGAGCCAGUGUGGGGCCACCAAGGACAGGGUGUGGGUUGGCCGAAUUCAUCUAAAUGGAAGCUCUCUGUUCCCUGCUUUUCUUUGUACUGCCUGAGUGCAGCAUGCCAGCUCUUUGCAGACAGGUUAACGUUGUUUACCAAAACCCCAGGGUUGGAAGUCAGAAGUGGCUGGACUGGGGGAGCCUGGUGCACUUGUAUGGGACACCCUGGGCUCCAUCCCCAACACUUAAAACUCAGGCUGUGGCUAACUCUCAGCAGCCUCUUGGCCACGCAAGGAGCUGCUGUUUGCCUGGCUGACAACAGCAUGGGCCUCUCAGGUGGCAGAGCUGCUCUGGAGGUUUACAGACUCACGUUUGCUUCUGGAAGGCGGUGGCUGUGUGUCCUGGAUUGCAGUGGCAGUCUCCUCAAAGUGGGUUCCUUUGUCUCUGUCCACACUUUCCAGUUUCAGAUGGUGUGUCUCUGCAGUGUGCCGAUUAUUGGAAGUGGGGAGCCUGCACCCAGCUUCAGGGUGCUGCCAGCUCAGACUCUCAGCCUCACUGAGUGAGAGUCGCUGGGUCGUCUGUGGGCGUCACCACUGUAGUGGGCACCUGCUGGUUACCUCCUUGGCACCAAAGUAAGGCCCAGAAUGUCGAACUUUGGGAUGACAACGGUUAACACUGUUCCUCCAGUCCAGGUCCUCACAGGGAAGCUGGCAUGGGAAGGGAGCCUGUCAGCCUCCGGCUGGGCCUCAGCUGCUACCCGAGAAUGUUGUUGUAGCUCAUUGUGAGCACACAGGAAAGCCACAGUGCUUCAUGGAGGCUCACUGGCUUUAUAAACGCUGUGGAGAGGUUUUCUGGAUUUUAAGGAUAAUUUUUUUAAGGUUAAAAUAAGAAAAAAAAAUAAUGGCAGCACUUUGCACUGGAGGCAGAUGAAUUAAAACAGCACUGCCCAGACUUGUGGAGUAGAGCCCACCAGGACAGUGUUGAGAAUGCAUGUGUUCACUGGGUCUUCACAAGAACAUCUACCUCCGGGCAUUGUAGCAGGAAGAAGAGUCUUAAACGUCCACCAGGGUUGCUAUAGUUUCCUGUGUGAGCUCUGAAAAUACUUCUGACCCCGUUUUGAUUGUGAAAGUGAAGUGGACUGAGCUUGUAGGGCAGCUGGAGUGGGGCUCAGUGGGGAACCGCUCUGUAGCUCACGCAUAAUACCCUGCUUCCCUGGGGGACAGCAGUGGCUCGGGUUACCUGGUAGUGUCAGGUGGACUUUGCCAGUGGAUGCGCUCAGAGUCCUUUACUGUCUGCCUGGAUUUUACCAGGAGAACACAGAGUGCCCUUAUUUUACCUCGGAUAUGUUCAGCUCAAACACCCAGCUGGGUAGAGGAAACCUGAAUCCCCAGAGAGUGGCUCUCACCCCAGCAGAAUGAAGCAGAAAGAGGGGGAGCCUCCUGAGAAUUGUGGCCUUGAUGGAGCUUCUCACCUCUGACCUUUAGACCCAGGCCGUGCAGGGCUUCAGUCUUGUCCUUUCCUUUAUCUGCUGUGUGCUUCCUUUCGCACAGGCUGGUGUAGCUCACACCCAGUGUCGUCCCGAACAGGCCAAGGGACGCUUUUCCAGGAACACAUCCCUAUCCUCGCAGGCCUGCCGUUUCCAGGGUCGAUGUUGAGUUGAAGAAAGAGCUGCACAUUUAGGUUCUAAAAGUUGACUGCUGAGUGGGACCAUACACACCCUGCCUCUGUCCUAAGUGGGAGGGAGCGCGGGGUGUGAGGCUGGGCAGAGAGCUGCGUCCUGUGAUUGCCUGGCCUCUGUCCCAGGUAAAGGCCUGACGGUGUCUUCAGUCUUUUCUUUUUAGGACAUCACUCUGUUUUGCAGCUCAGUUGAAAUGUUGAUCUCCUGACAGUCACUGAAGAUGGCUGGUGACUGUGGGGUAUAGUUGCACGUGCACGGUGACUUUAUAUCAGCAGGGCAGUCCUGUGGUCCAGGAUUCCUUGUGCCCUGUCCUGAGCACAGGGGGAAACCUUUGGGGGUCUGGCUCAGAUCCUUGCCCAUGAGCACCCUGCAGGCCCCUGUUUCCAUCACCACGGCACUCAGUGACGUUCAUCAGCCUUCUGCCUGUGGUUUGAGCCCCGCCAGCCCUCUGUUGAAACCUGAACCCUGCUGGUGUGGGCCUCCAAGUCUUCCUGUUCUUGGGGUUCUUUUUCCAUGGUGGCUACCUUCCCAGCAUCCCUCACGAAGCUUGGAGAAAGGUAGACAAGAGCCUUGAGCCAGUCUCAACACCAUCCUGCGUGCUGGUGUCUACCUGUCCCCCUAGAAAAGGGGGCCAGUGUAUCUGCCUUCUCCUUUUUCCAAUUGCACUGUCCUUGUUCUAACUUCAGGUUAUAGAGACCUAAAAUCUUCUUGGGGUCAUGACCCAUAGACUCAGCAAGUCUGCCUUAGCUAUGUGUAGAGGUGAGAGAUAGCUGUUUUCUGUGUCUGGAGCCCGUUUCCCCUAGGCUGUCUCUUUACAGUUUGUGUUCAUCCGAAUCAUCUUAUCUUUUUAUUUACCAAAGUACUGUACUUGGCUAUUUGCAGUGUUUUAAGAACCAAAUGUUUUGUGUUUUUGAUCUUCAACACUUGGUGCAAUAGAAGCCACAAAGAUGUGCCACCUUAUCUUUGAAAUGGAUUUUGUAUACCAAUAAAUUCUAGUU